AACGAGAACGGAGAUGAAGUGAUGCAAAGAAAGAAACGGAACGCGGACUCCAAGGCAAAAACAUAAGGCAGAUUUAAGGAGGGAGUUGAGACUGAGCCAUGGGCAAAUCUACCUCCUGCUUCAAGCUAAUCACUUGCGGUGGCGAUGCGGCCGAUAAGGACGACUACCACCAAGUCUCCGAGAUCAAGGAGUCUAAUGAUAAACGUGGUUGGAGUUUUCGCAAGAAAUCUGCAAGGCAUCGUGUGCUUAGCAAUACUGUGAUAGCAGAGGCUCCAUCUUCGACAAAUAAGGAAAGUGCAGAAUGUACUAAUUUUAAUUUUCAACCACUUUCUGAACCUAAUGUUGUCGAGAAGGUUUACACAACAAAUUGCUCUGAUGAGAAGCCCCAGUUAUCCUCUUUUGAAAACUCACAAGUAGGGGAAACAAAUGUAAUUGAAACUGAGAGGAAGGUGGAUGUGAAUCCACCAGAGUCUGAUGUCAUCGUCAUCCAGGCAGCUAUUAGGGGGUUAUUGGCUCAGAGGGAACUGCUACAGCGUAAGAAAGUAGUGAAGUUGCAAGCUGCCAUUCGUGGGCACUUGGUCCGGAGGCAUGCUCUGGGAACCCUGCGUUGUGCUCAAUCCAUAAUCAAAAUGCAGGUCCUUGUGCGAACUCGUCGUGCUCAGCAGUCACAUCUGGAAAAUCAUUUAAUUCACAAGGAUGGCGAAAAGGAUUCCUCAGAAAUUUUGGGAAAUGAAAAUCUGAUGACCAAAUCUAAUGUGAAUUACACUUCCAUUGAGAAGCUGCUUAGCAAUAGGUUUGCAAGUCAGCUGUUGGAAUCAACACCAAAGAACAAACCUAUCCAUGUCAAGUGUGAUCCUUCUAAAGCCGAUUCUGCUUGGAAAUGGUUGGAAAGGUGGAUGUCCAUAUCAUCAAAAGAUAUUGCAGAUUGCAAUGAAACUAGUUCUCUAACAGAACACUCAAAGGAAAGCAAGGAUAGCGCUCCUGUGUUUCAAUUUGAAACGGGUAUUCCAUCUGAACCCUUUCCCCCAGCCACUGACUCAAUACCCACUGUUGAGGAUUCACCUCUGCCAUCUGAGGAUGAAGAAAAGUCAAUUACUUAUGACGCUAAUAACUUUGAGUUCCAAGCAAGCUGCUCCUCACCAUCUAUUGUAAAAGAUGACUUGGAACAGGUUCCUGCUGAAGAAAAAACUGCAUAUGAUGCCAAAGUUACCUUAGCUGAUACCAAUUCCUUCCAAAAUGACAAUUCAGCAUCAGAUGCAAGUGCCCCAUCAGAGUUUUACUCUCUUCACAAGGGACCUGAAAUUGCCCCAUCAUCAGAACACAGUUCUGUUCAUGGGGAGCCUGAAAUUACCCCACCACCAGAGCAUACUUCUUUUUAUCAGAAGCCUGAAAUUGACAGUGAGCAGAACAAACGAUCCGUGAAAAGAUUUGCUUCAGAGCAACUAGAGUCUGAAGGAAAGAAAACUGUGAAUGGAUCAAAAAAGGUCAGUAAUCCUGCAUUUAUUGCUGCACAGUCAAAAUUUGAAGAGCUGAGUUCAAUAGCAAAUUCAGGCAGGACAAACAAUUUGUCCUACCAAGAUUCAGCAGUUGAAUCACAAGGAGACACCUCUUCUGUUGGCAAUGACAGUGCAUAUAAAUCGAAAGAGUUUGCAUUUGAAAAUCCUGCUCUUUAUCUUUCUAGGCUUGCUGGUUCUGAUUGUGGCACUGAACUCUCCAUUUCUUCAACACUUGAUUCACCUGACAUAUCAGAGCCUGGUAUAAUGGAAAAUGAACGAGACGCCAAAGAUUUGGUGGAAGGGAUUGGUAAUCUUGAGAACACAAUAAACCGUGAUGAUGAGGCCAAUGUUUCAUCUGCCAUCCCAGCUUCUAAUGUAGCUACUUCUGUUUUGGAUCAGUCGGAGGUUGUUGAUGACAUUAGUGGCAAUUUGGGUCCCUCUGUGGUGGCUGUGGACUCUGGAGAGCCUGCUAUUAGUAAUAUUGAGAAAAAUGCAUCUGAUCUGCAGAGAGAACCAGCAGAGGCUGGUCUGCAAGAUUUAAGAUCAUCUCCAGAAGCAUCACCUAGAAGCCAUUUGACUGUUCCGGAAUCACAAGGAACCCCUUCAAGCCAAGUGUCUGUGCAAACUAAAGAGAACAAAGCCAACAAGAAUAGAUCUGGCAAUAAACGUCGGAGCCUACCCUUAAGUAACAAAUCUCCUUCUACUCCAAAUCAAGAUUCGGGAUCAAGAGGCAGUAGGGAGCAACUACCUAAAGAUCAGCAGAACGGAAAGAGGCGCACUUCCUUUGGCUCAGUAAAGCCUGAUGACAUUGAUCAAGAACCUAGAGAUAAUAAUACUAGCAACAAUUCUGUUCCCCAUUUCAUGCAAGCUACAGAAUCUGCUAAGGCCAAGAUUAAUGCAAAUAACUCGCCAAGAUCAAGCCCAGAUGUGCAUGAACGGGACGUUGAAGUUAAGAAGAGGCUUUCCUUACCUGGUGCCGCUGGUAGACAAGGAUCUCCACGUAUCCAGCGAUCAACAUCUAAGGCACAGCAGACUGCCAAAGGGAACAAUGUAAAUCCUCCUCAAGAGAGAAAAUGGCUGAGGUGAAUUGAUGGCGGAAGUGUGCUGACAAGCUUCUACGAUGAUUUCAUUUGUUAAUUCUCUUUGAAGCAUAGCUGCUCCGUUUACAUGCUUUUCUUUUUCUUCUCCUUAAAUAUUUCUUGACACUUUGCAUUCUUUGCCUCCCUUUUCUGCUUCCCCAAAUUUGAAGGUGCUCAGUUUGGUUGUGACUGCUGGGAACAUUCAUUUGUAAAAGUGAGUGAGGCUUAUAUAUGUUAUGUACAUUGUUUGUUGCUCUGGUUAUGGUUAUUAUUGUGCCAUACCUGUGAGGCGCACGCGAUUUGUAAGUUUCAGAGUUCAAACUUAUGAAAUAUUUUUAUGUUUGUUGAAUGUAUUAUUGUUUUGAUUUUGACCAA